AUGAGAAGAUAGGAACGGAUAGUUACAGAGGAAAAAAAUUUAACCCCAUAGAGAGAGAAGAAUAAUGAUGUGAUUAAUGUACUUUAAUCUAAAAGGUCUGAAGAUUAAUCGCUUUUGAGAACAGAUCUAAUACAAUUCUAAUAUGAGAGAAAAGAACCAAGGUUGAGCAUAAAAAUAAAUGAAAAUAAUGAAAAUGAAAAAGAUAAAAAUUAACCUUAGAAACAUAAUGAAAUAAGUAAUUAAAAUAUCAAAUGUGCUAAUCCAACACAUCAAGAGCCUGUUUUAAUGGUUGUACUUGAUCCUAAUUUAGGUCGCCAUGAAAGAAUUUUCUGUUAAGAAUGCAUAAGUGUAAUGGAAUCAAAUAAAAAAACAAUUGGAAUAAAAAAAGUGAUGGAAAUAACCUAAGAAAAUAAUAAAAAGAAAAGGGAAUAUAGAGAUAUAAUUGCUUAAUAACAUCUGAAAGAACUUGAAUAGUUUAAAUUCAACAUAAAUUAAUUAAAGAGUUGUUUAAACAAAAACUUAGAUGAAAUGAUGGAAAAUGCAAAUAUGUGGAUGAAAGAUUUGUAGAACUUCAGAAAAGUAGAAUAUAAUUUAGAUACAGAAAUAUAAUGGUUAAUUAAUUAUGAAUCAAAAAUUGAAAUAGAAUAAAUGGCUGAUGAAAUAAAACCUUUGAAUAUGAAUUGGGUUUCCAAAUUGAAUAAUAAAUUAGAGUUGUUUUCUACAUUUAAAGAAUAUUCCAUUUGCAUAAACAUAUUGAAUAAUUUAAUUCAAAGGAAUAAAAGCAGACACCAGGAAAAAAAAGAGUUGUUUAACCACUAAUAAGGAUAACAAUACAAUUCUCAACAACCCUAAAGAUGCAACUUACAAAAACAAUAAAUUUAAGAUUAGGGCGUAAAGAAAAAUACUUGA